AUGUCCGUGACGGCCCCCAAGAUCACCAACCCCCAGCCCUCGCUGGUUCUCCGCUUCAUCAUGUCGGCCGCGUUCGCCGUCUGUGCCUUUGGCGUAGCGCCUUUCGUCCUCGUUGGCCUCCUCCUCGUCGCCGCCGGACAGCCUGUCAUGUCCGCCAUGCGGUGGUGGAACGCGCCGCGCACCCGUCCCCGUAAAUCAACUACCAAAGCCAAAGCCGAAGGUGAGGUGCCUGCCCCGUCGCCACGUCAGCCGCGGUACUCGCCCUCAGGAUCGUAUUCUUCUCCGCGGCCCGCUAGCCCAGUCAAGCCGAGUGAGGCGCAGCAGAUCGCCGCGGCACUGCGCCGUAACAAGGCGUAG